AUGACCAUGACCGACCACUCAUCCACAAACAAUGCGAGCGAACAGAAAUCCGAGUCCAUGGCCACCGCCCUGGGGGCCGAAUCCGUCGACCAGGACGAAGCUGUCGGCGAGCAUGAACUGCUCCGGCCCAAGGUGCACUUUCGUUUCUGGCAAACCCUGGGCUUGAAUUUCUCUCUCACCUGCACAGCCAUGGCGAUCGGGGCCUAUCUGUCCCUGAUCCAAGGACUGGGCGGAUUCCCCUACUUCUUUUGGUGCUUUGUCUUCGCCGGGAGUUUCCAGCUCCUGCUAGGCGUCACCGUCGCUGAGCUAGCCUCGGCCAUGCCUCACUCAUCGGGUCCUGCAUAUUGGGUCAAAGUCUUGAGUCCUCCCAAGUACUCGCAAUUCCUCGAGUAUCUUGUCGGCUGGCUCACCAUCUGCGUCUACUGGUUCAUUACCACCGGCAAUACACUCUACCUGGCUGAGACCACUGUCGGCUGGGUGGAAGCCUGUUACCUGGACUACACGGCAACGCAGUGGCAGAUCUACCUGGUCUCGGUGGCAUGGGCCGUCCUACUGGCAGCCAUGAACCUGCCCGGCCCAUUCAAGCUGCUGCCUCAUCUCAUGUCGGCUGGGAUUGUACUCAUCAACUGUUCCUGGAUCUUCAUUCUCAUCGCGAUGCUGAGCCGAGUCGAGAACAAAAACAGCGCCAAAACGGCUUUUGUCGACGUGAUCAACGAGUCCGGUUGGUCGUCUAACGGCGUUGUCUUCUUCCUGGCCAUCUUACCGGGCAUCCUCUCCGUCAGUGGCUUCGAUGCCGUCACGCACAUCACGGAUGAGGUGCCCAACCCGAAAAAAGAUAUUCCACAGGUCAUCCUCGCCUCGACCGGCCUGAGUGCGGUGACCGGCCUUGCCAUGGUCAUCAUGUAUGCCUUUUGCACCGUCAACCCGGAGGUGCUGCUGGCGCCCUACGCCAAUCAGCCCAUCAUCAACGUGCUGCAGGACGGUCUGCGGUCGGACGCGCUCUUCCACGUGGCCAUGACAGCCUACCUCGUCACCAUGUACAUCGCCAGCGUGGCCGCCUUCACCGGCUGGAAUCGACUGUACUGGUCCUUUUCGCGCGCCAACGGCCUACCCUGGUCCCGAUUCACGGCCAAGCUCUCCGGCAACGACCGCAUCCCCGUCUACGCCGUCAUAGCCAACCUGGUCAUGGUCGUCGUCCUGGACGCGCUCGGAAUCCCCUCCCUGACGGCCCUCAACGCCAUCUUUGGAUCGUCCUCCAUCUGUGCCCUGACCUCCUAUUCGCUGUCCCUGUUCCUCGCAAUCCGACGAGGACGAGGGUUCCUGAACCCGGACAGAUGGCUGAAUCUUGGCCAGGCAGGCUUGCCCAUGCAGUGUAUCGCCUUGGUUUGGGCUGUCUUUGCCAGUGUCUGGCUGUGUUUCCCGCUCUACCUGCCCGUCACGCCGGAGUACAUGAACUGGAGUUCCGUCAUCAUGACUGGCAUUGCCCUUUUCGCCACGGUCUAUUAUCUAGUGUUCCAUAAGCACAUUGCCGCCCACGAUUUUUACGCUUAA